UCUGCGUGGGCCGCGAUGUGUCGGCGUCCAGGCCUAACCGUAAAGGCCGCCGAGCGUAGGGAAGCGGGGGUCCGCACUCAAGGCAGCAGUGUCCGCCCCGCUGACCCGCCCAGCCGCCGCCACGCGGAACACCGGGCUCCCCUCCGCGGAACACUGGGCUCCCCUCCGCGCGGCGGCCCCCGAGCGGUCCGGGCCGGCCGGGCGCGUUCGCUGCGGCUCGGCCGGCGGCGGGAGCGCGGGCGGGGGCGGGCGCUCGGCGCUUCCUGCUCGUGCGCGCGGGGAGGCGCGGGCGCGGCGGCCGUCAGUCAGGCUGCGCUCGGCUCCGCGGAGCUCGCUCCUCUCGGGCCCGUCGCCUCCGCUAGGCCCCGCGGGCGGCUCGCAUCCGGCCAGGAUCUAGUUUGAAGCAGUAAGAAGGGUAAAGCAUCAGUCUGAAAGAGUCCCUGUCAGAGCAACAUGAAUUCUGUUAAAAUUGAAAUGAGAAGAAACAUCAAAUUUAUGGUGAAGCUUGGAUGGAAGAAUGAUGAAAUCCUGGAUGCUUUACGGAAAGUUUAUGGGGACAACGCCCCAGAGAAAUCAGCAGUUUACAAGUGGGUAAAUCGUUUUAAGGAGGGACGAGAUGAUGUUGAAGAUGAAAUCCGCAGCAGCACACCAUCCACAUCGAUUUGUGAGGAAAAAAAGUAAUCUCAUUUCUGCACUAAUUGAAGGGGACCAGCAGAUAACAGCAGAAAGAAGCCAACACCAUCAAGAUCUCAACUCGGAGUGAACAUUUUUAAAGUGGAGCAAAGUUUCCACUGGACGUGUGCCAAAACUCUUUUACCCAGAUCAGCCGCAGACAACACCAGAGCAAUCCAUGGAAAUUUUAAGCAAAUAGGAUCAAGAUCCUGAAGCAUUUCUUCAAAGAAUUCUAACUGGAGGUAAAACUUGGCUUAACCAAUGUGACCCUAACAGCAAAGCACAAUCAAAGCAAUGGCUGUCAAAAGGUAGAAGUAGGUCCAUCCAAACAAAAGUGGAUCAGUCGAGAGUAUUGAAUAUGGAAAUAGUUUCAUGGGAAUAUUCAAGGUAUUUAGCUUGUUGGUUUUCUGGAGGGCCAAAAAACAGUGAUAUCUGCUUAUUAGGGGAGUGCUUUGAGAAAGUUAGCCAACACUUUAGCAGAAAAACUCCAAGAAAGUUUAACAGAGUCUUUCUCCACCACAAUACUGUUCCUGCUUCUUCCUCUCUUCCAACAUGGGCGAUUUCCUGAGAGUUUUGAUGAGAAAUCAUUAGGUAUCCACCUUCCGGAAGUAUUUUGGCCUCUCUCCUUUAUGUUUCUUAAAUCUUUAAAGGGAACCCAUUUUUCUUCAGUCACUAGUGUGUGAAAGACUAUUGAUGAGGUUUAAUUCCCAAGACCCUUAGUUCUUUAAGCAUAGGAUAAAUAGCUAGUAUUGUCGCUUACACAUAUCUUGAACUUGAUGUAGCUUAUGUUGAGAAAUAAAACAUGCACUCUUUAUUUUUCUCUCUUCAUUUCACUUUGCCACAAGCUUUUUGAUAUUCUUAUUCCUGUCACUUGACUUCCUGAAAGUUAAUCCUUUGGUGAGAAGUGACCGUUGGAGUACACUUGGAAAUAACUGCCAUACAGCCAAAGUACUAAUGUGAUGAUAGGUUUUCAGAAUAUUCCCUUUAGCAGACCCUGCGUUGUCACAUUUACUUGUGUCUCUGUAACGGGCUCUCUCUCUUGGCUUUAUUUGAUGACAGAGAAAAACUGCAAUUUGAAUUAAUGGUGUAAAUUCUAUAACUAAUGAACAAUUGCCAUUUCUUCCUGUACUUCAUAGGGUCUGUGUAAAAUUGAUGCUUGCCUAACUUACCUUAAAAAUGGCUUUUAUUUGGGGGUAGUGUUAUGGCACAGCAGGUUAGGCACCACCUGCAAUGCUGGCAUCCCAUAUGGGUGCUGGUUCAAGUCCCUGCUGCUCCAGCCAAGUUCAUAGGCCCCCCGCCAUUCACCUGGAAGACCUGCAUGGAGUCGUAGGCUUCUGGUUUUGGCCUGGCCUAGCCCUAGCCAUUGCAGCCAUUGGGGAAUGAACCAGCAGACGUAAGAUCUCUCUUUUUCUAUCUCUCCCUCUCUCUGUAAGUCUGCCUUUCAAAUAAAUCUUUUUUAAAAAAAUUACUUCCAUUUGCAGGAAAUAAAGAUAAUCACUUUUGCUGUGGUUAUAGUCAAAUAUAAACUUUCAGACUUGAGAACCAUGGUGAAAGUGAAGGAGAUCUACUCAAAUUAUGCUGCCUUUGCUAGAAUUGGAAAAAUACUGUGUACGCCAAAUAUGAGUGAUAUAUGCUUGAAUAAAUAGAGGUUAAGUAGUAGCUUUUACACAGAGGUAUGACUCUUUAUCAGUCUUGUAUGACCCGCUCCUUAUCCAAAACAAGUAGACUAUUUCAACUGUUAUUUCUUAUCCUGAAGUUGAAUGUUUCUUCUUGGAUAUGAAUUAAAUAAGUUGAUCUGAAUAAAUUUUCAUUUCCUCUUAAUUAAACGCCAUAUGUAAAAGCCAAA